AUGGGUAAACGGGCUUCAGGGACCAGUGAAGGCGCUGCCGCUUAUAAUAAGCGCCAAAAGACAUAUCAUGAUGUCCCAACCGGCGAGGAUGUCUACGACAGCGACCAGCUGAGAAGACUGCUUUCCUUUGACCAGAACAUGCGAACUGCACGACAUGGCCUUCAGUCUUUCAAGAAGCUCCUCGACGAAACCAAUUCUACAGAAGCCGAUAGCCAAGGCAAAAUUGCCAUCAUCCGUGGCUAUCUGAAGUCUGUCCAACCGCGGGAGACUGGCGAGGAUGCAGUCUUCCUCAACGAUGUCAUGGAGAUGUGGUCCUUUGCCUCCCAAGUCAACGAUGAUGGCGUCAUGUCAGCCGUCGCCGUUGUCUUGGCCCUACUGCUCCAUUUCAUUUCCAACAACCUCGACUUGGUGCCCUUUGGUCUCGGCAUUUGCCAAACCCUUUUGCAGGAGCGCCAGCUGAAAUCGGUGUCGCGUAACCUCUCUGCAGAGAAAGGAAAGGGCUUCAUCAUUUCCCCGACUCUCCGACUACUACGCGAAGCCGUUUGCCUCGAUGGUGGUGCUUUUGCCAAGCGCAUUUUUCGCGCCCGAGCAUCCACAUUCGCAUCCCUCGGCCGAAAUCUCGAGAUAACACACUUUGGCGAUGGCCCAGAAGAUGUCCGCAAAGCUUCUGUUCGUACCAAUUCUGUCCGUUUCUUCUUGGUCUGCCUGAAAUUUCUCAACGCAGAUGGGAGAAAAGAGCUUCUCGCCCAAAAGGAUCUCUUGUCGCAUGUCACUUUCAUGAUGAAGAACGACCCUCCAUAUCUGGUCUCAGAAAUCAUAUCAUCGCUCAAGACCUCCGUUCUCAUGGAACAAAAGAUUCCGCGCGAUACAAAGUUCAGAAGCUUCAACACAAAAACUCUGAUGCGCUUCCUCGGACUAUAUACGUAUACCAACGCCUCCGCUCCCCAAGAGGAGGUCGACGAAGUCAUUGAGAAGGCCCACCAAUUUCUCGUAUACGCAUGUACAAAUUCCGCAGCCGGUGUGCUCUAUCCAUCCAAGGGUCUAUAUCCAAAGCAAUCGGAGGAGGAGAAAUCAAUGUCGCGACACGCCAGUCUAGCAAAGUCCGAUGGUAAUCUCUGGGCUGACAAGUUCCGCGAUGGCGUCCCCGUCUUCAACUUUGUUCUUUCCGAGUUCGCCAGCAAACUUCGCCCCUGGUCGAAUAUCAGGCACAAUGAGCUCCUCGUCGCUAUAUUCCAGGCAGCCCCAGAGCUUAUUGCCGACUACUUCUUCAACAACCAAUCGUUUACUUUUGAGCCAAAACUGUCAAUGACGUGGAUUGGCUAUGCCGCAUUUCUCUUCAACACCAUGACUAUACCCCUACCUCCAGCCUUCGGCGAUGCUUCUCUAUACGCAAAUACCCCUCCUCCUACUUCCAUUCUCCUUGACAACAUUAUUCCUCAACCUAUCAAUCAAAAGGUUCUCAUCCGUUGCUUGUCUCCAAAAUCCAAUCUCACUUCUUUUUUCGCCACGAGAAUCCUCGUUCAAGCGCUUGAAAAGCUUGCCACUGCUCUGAAGAUGCACGAGGACGGCGGAAGAAAAACGAAGCAAAUAUGGACAGAUGCGUCAAGGAGAUUAAUAGACUCAUUCUGCCGAAGAAUACCGGACAUGAAAGAGGUGGUACGAUGCUACAAGUCUAUCCCCGCCGAAAACGUGUUGCAUAAAACUCUCGUCAGUCGUUUACUACGACUCUACUACGAAGUGGUGCCGAGGGUGGCACUCGCUGCCAAUUUUGAUGUCUCUCCAUUUUUUGUCGAAGUUCUAAGGAGCAUUCAGCAUCAGAGUGACGACCCAAGCACUGCCGCAUAUGCUGUCAUGGAACUGAAGAAUCUCGUGUCAAUCGCGAGCUAUUCUCCGGGUAUGCGAUGGUUUGCCAAGACAGACAUCAGUGAAACCGGAAAGGGUUACUCGGCGUUCACAUCAUUACUACAAGUACUGUGCGAAAGUUAUGAUACUGCUCCCUUGGCUCAGCUGCAGUCCGUGCUUGCUGAUGUAGCAAUUGAGAACCAGCUUGUGGCGAAGAACACGAGACUGGCUGCUCUACUGCGUGCCCUGCGAUGUGUUGCCUCUGAUUCGAAGGCUGCAAAUAUCCCUUGGGCAUACUUGGACAACUGCAUCACGAGAUGCGCUGGCACACCUAUCAAGUACCUGGAGCAGAUUGUGACACUGCCUGAAAAUGGGCAAUUUAGUCUGUUAAAUAUUGUCUUGCAAGAGCAAUUGUCCUUUGCCCUCGACGGAGCUCAACCGUCGACGAUAGCCGAGAUUGGGAAAUUCCUUUCUCUGUACUUUAACGCUUUGAGCCUCACCGAGGAAAGCAAAAGGCAUCUCGAACAAAGCUAUGCCAAGAUUUGCGAGCAAAUUUCAGCAACAGAGGCUACCAAGAUGGCCAGCCUGGGGGGAAAAUCAGAGAAGAAGUCCCUGCAGCGCAUCACCAUUGAAGAAGAGCCAGAGUCGAGCGACUCGACCCAGGCCAGCGUCCAGCCAGGUGUCAUGGUCGAUGAAGCUCGAUUGGAAGAAAUGCUGCAUCAGCCUUUUCUCCCCGAAGAAGACAACAGCGCACUCGUCAAAUGGCCCGCGAAAAAUGUGGAAGAUUUGGUGGAAGACGGCCUCGCCGCUGGGCUCGUUAAGCUGCUCGCCUCUCCACACAUCCACAUCCGCAAAGAGGCGCUCACCAACAUCCUCAAGAUGGCGGCCAAGGUCGACGCUUCGUCGUAUGAGGAGAAGAAGCAGGUCUGGCUGCUUCUCUCGGAGCUCGCCGAGUCGAGCAAACCCCACGUCGACGCUGGGCCUAUUCCAUCCUCGUUUGUCUCCUUUGCCACACACAGCCUCGAGGUCCUCAAGAACCCUCUGCACCCGCUGUACCCCAAGAUCAACGCCUUCCUCACCCGCAGCCCCGUCUGGCCGCGCGAGAAGCUGCCCAUGGCGCACGACAUCCUCCACGGCGAGCCCGGCGAGGAUGACAAGUACUACACGGAGCUGGCCUGGCUGCUGGCGCACCUGCUCGACAGCCUGCGCACGCCCGCGGACCUCGGCGUCUUUCAUCGCAAGCGCUGGUUCGAAAAGGUGCUUGCCCUCGCCGCCAACCCGUACCUGCGCGCCAACCUGCGCACCCGCAUCCUCCGCAUCGUCUACCGCGCCACCUGCAUCGACGGCGGCAGCACCACGCUCAUCACCCGCUUCGGUGUCGUGAGUUGGCUCGACGGCCAGCGAGCUGCCUGCGCGUUGCCCGACGACGCCGCCGUCUACGCCGCGCUCAUGCGCAGGACCUGGGAAACGUGCGACCAGGGCCGUGUGACGGCGUGGAGCAAAGGCGGCAUUCAAAAGCUCUUGGGAACGAUUUUGGGUUAA